AUGGCACGCCCGCGCGCAAGAGCACCACCAGCCUCGCCAAGUACCUUUCUCGCUCCACGACAUGCCCUCGCCCUCCUCGCUGCCGGUGCAGUCGGCACCGCCGCCGCCCAGUCGUCCGCGUCGUCCCUCCUCCCCAAGGUCGACUUCUCGGCCCUCGGCACCGUCGCCGUAGUCGGCUCGUUCGCCGGCCUGUCGUUCUACGACGCCGCUCACCCGCCAGCGACCUACGACAGCCGCGCGUCGACCCUCCUCGCGCGCACCGCCGACGGCGACCUGCGCAACCUCGGCGCGACCGACGCCGGCGGCGCCAUCCACGCCAUCUGCCAGUCGCCCAUCGACGACGCCGACAACGCCGCCGUCUUUGUCGCGGGCAACUUUACCCGGAUCGGCGACGUCGACGCGCGCAACGUCGCGAGCUACGACCCGGCGAGCGCGACUUUCGCGGCGCUCGGGCCGGGCCUCGACGGCGAGGUGCGCGCCCUGUCGUGCAACGGGACGACGGUGUACGCCGGUGGCGCGUUCGGCGCACCGGCAGGGUCUGGCGGCGGGCCCAACGUCGCGGCGUGGUCGACGGCCGACGAGGCGUGGACGACGUUGCCGCUGUACGGUCUCAACGGCGCCGUCGACUCGAUCUCGGCGUCCGAGGACGGCCGGUCCCUGUUCUUCGGCGGCGCCUUCUCGACCGUCUUCUCGAACUCGUCGUUGUCGUCGUCGGCGGCCGUCAACUCGACCUCGUCGUCGAGCACGUCGACCUUGCCGUCGCUCGGCUCGUCCCUCGCGCCCGUCUCGCUCAACGCGUCCGACUACUGGGCGUCGCCGACCACGUACAAAUCGGGCUUUGGCCGGCCCGAGUACAUCUUCUGCCCGAGCGGCGACGACGGCGUCGGCACGAGCUGGCUCCUCACGGACGGCGCCGCCGGCUUCUUCAUCGCGCGCAUGUACCGCGAGCUCAACGUGCGCGGCAUCCGGCUCGGCAACACGUUCUACGAGAGUCGCGGCACCCGAAACUUCUCCGUCGUCGCCAUUCCCGACAACCAGGUCCUCGAGCUCACGUACGCGUCGGACCCGUCGGACCCGUCGUCGGCGCUCGCGACGUGCUCGGACAACUGCGUCCUCGCGCACAACUCGUCGGUCCCGUACCAGGACUUCCUGUUCCCCGAGGGCACGUCGCUCACGGGCAUCCAGCUCAACAUCUUUGGCUGGUACGGCGCCGGCGGCGGCCUGCACCUCCUCCAGCUCCUGAGCGACGGCGGGUACGCGUACGCCGCCGAGUCGAACAACAACGCGCCGUGCACGAGCGGGAUCGGCGAGACGACCGAGAGCACGGUCGAGACGGCGGGCAACUGGACGACGGCGACCGUCGUGACCGAGACGGCGGGCACACUCCAGGACGUCCUCGUCGCCAACGUCGCCGGCGGCUCGACCGCGAGCAGCGCGAGCGCCCCGAGCCUCACGUGGCGGCCGUACGUCGCCCAGGCGGGCCAGUACGCCGUCUACUUUGUCACGCCCGGCUGCACGGCGCAGGGCACGUGUGCGCGCCGCACGACGGUGCGCGUUACGGCGACGCCGAGCGGCGCAGGUGCGGGAGCCGCCAACGAGACGGUUGUCGACCAGGCCAACGGGCGCGACGUGGCGACGCUCGUGUACAACGGCACGCUCGCCGCCGGCGCCGACGCGCUGUCGGUCACGAUGACGCUCGCCGAGGGCGGCGCGCCGUCGUCCGGCACGACGUACGAGCUCGUCGCCAACUACGUCAACCUCGUCGCGUCGUCGACCAACGGCUCGGCGUCGUCGGUCGUCCUCGAGCGCGGCUACGGCGUGUACGAGUACCCGCUCGUCGACACGGGCGUGUUUGGGGACGCCGACCCGACCGCUCAAGCGGCGGGCGUCAACGCCUCGGCGACGCUCACCAACGCGACCGGGUUCGACGCGCUGUCGUUCCGCCUCGGCGAGGGCGCCCAGGUGCACAGCGUCGUCUCGACCGGCACGGGCGCCGACGCCAUCGCGUUCGUCGGCGGCGAGUUCUCGUACGCGUCGGUCGACGGCGCCGAGCAGAGCCGCAACGUCGUCGCGUACCGCCUCGACGACGUCGUCGCCGCGCCUAACGGUGGGCUUGACGGCGUCGUCCGCAGCCUCGUCGAGCUCGACGGCGUCCUGUACGCCGCCGGCGGCUUCGAGGCCACCGUCGACGGCGAGGUCAACGCGCUCAACGGCGUCGCGCGCUGGAACUACACCGAGGCCGCCGCCUCGUGGCAGUCGCUCGGCGCGUCCGUGCCCAGCGUCGGCGGCACUGUCGCCCAGCUCGCCGUCGUCAACCCGUCGUCGUCCCACGCCGAGUCGUCCAAGAACGGCUCGACCGGCGGCGCGAUCGUAGCCGUCGGCGCAGGCGGGUCGGGCCUUGCCUUCUUCGAGCCGGCGUCCUCCUCGUGGAACGCGACCGCGGCAAGCCUCUUCCUCGGCAAUCUGACGGCCGUCGGUCCGGCGUCGUCGAGGACGGCGACCAACGCGACGACGUACCUCGCCGGCAACGUCGUCGCUGCGAUCCAGCACGCGACGCCCGGCGGCGCCAUCCUGAGCGAGGGCAAGAGCGGCUCGCCGCGCAUGUCGUCCUUUUCGUUCGGCUUCAACUCGUCGUCGUCGUCAUCGUCGCCGUCGACCGCCAGCACCUCGGCCAGCAGCACCUCGUCGGCCGCUCGCGUCAAGCGCGCCGAGACCUCGACCGCCUCGCCCGUCGACGACACGGCCCUCCUGCAGCAGCGCCGCUCCUUCUCGCGCGUCCUGCUCGAGGCCCGCGCCCCGCCGGCCUCGGCGCCCGUCAACCUCACCCUCCCGUCGCCGAUCCAGGCCGUCGCCGCCGCGCCGGGCUCGGCUCGCUCCGCCGACCAGGUCCUCGCCGGCGCCUUCUGGAAAAACGGCUCGUCGACCCUCAUGCUCCUCGGGGGCGCCUUUUCGUCGUCGACCGGCGUCGAGAACCUCGGCGCGUACGACACCAAGGCGGGCUCGCUCGAGGCGCUCGCCGGGUUCGAGGUCGACGGCGCCGUGAUGUCGCUCAAGGUCGUCGACGACACGCUGUGGGUCGGCGGCAACUUUACGAGCGCGAGCGGGCGCCAAGGGUUUGCGACGUACGACCUCGCGCAGCAAAAGGUCGACGACAGCCAGCCUCCUCUCGCCGGCUACGCCGGCACGAACGCGACCGUCAAUGUCAUCACCCAGCGGCCCGGGUACGACGAGCAGAUCGUCGUCGCCGGCGCCUUCUCGUCGGCCGGCUCGCUGUACUGCCCAAGCGUGUGCCUGUGGAACUCGGACAAGCUGCAGUGGCAGGCGCUCGCGACGGGCCUUCAAGGUGUCGUCGGCGCGGUCGACUUUGCCGGCGACAAGUCCGAGUACCUGAUCGUGGCGGGCAACUUUGUCGUCAACGACGAGACGCGGUACGUCGCCCGGUGGUCGUUCAAGAACUCGACCUGGCUCUCGCUCGGCGCGGCGACCGACCUGCCCGGCCCGGCGACGGCCGUCUCGUCCGACGACCACAACGAGGACAAGGUGUGGGUCGCCGGCUCGUCGACGUCGGGCGCGCCGUACCUGCGGUUCUGGAACGGCACCACCUGGGCCGACGCCAACGGCAACGCGACGCUCGGCACCGGGUCGGGCGUGCAGCAGCUCGCGUUCGUGCCGCUCAGCAACUCGCACGACUCGAACGGCGUCAUCGAGUCGAACCGGAUGCUCCUCGUGUCGGGCGACCUGACGAUCAACGACACGGCCGUGUCGUCGGCGCUGUACGACGGCGCAUCGUGGUACCCGUACCUCGUCGCGACGUCGGCGACUGGGUCGGCGGGCGUCGUCUCGCAGCUGUUCUACUCGGUGUCGAACUUCUCGCUCGGCGGCGCGCACCACCUCGCAACGGGACUCGUCAUCCUCAUCUCGAUCGCCAUCGGCCUCGGCAUCGUCUUCCUCCUCGUCCUCCUCGGCCUCCUCGUCAUGCUCGCCCGCCGCCGCGACGAGCCGCAGUACCCGCCACGGGACCCCAAGGGCGCCCACUCGGCCGCGAGCGAGACGUCGAGCCUGCACCGCCCGUCGUCGCUCCUGCAGACUGUCGGCGCCGCGACGGCCGUCCUUCUCGACCCUCGAGGCGAGAAGGCGAGGCGCAACUCGCUCGGCGGCGGUGCCGGCGGCGACGGCGACGGCGACGGCGCGCGCGCGGGCACGGGCUCGUUCGACGCGGCGGCGCUCAGCUACGGCGGGAGCGACUACGAGGCCGACGAGGACGAGCCGUCGACGGCCAUGGCGCGGUACUCGUUCCACGCCGAGCACCCGGGCGAGUUGAGCAUCUCGGCGCGCGAGGAGGUGACGAUCCUCGACUCGCAGGACCAGAACUGGUGGAUGGUCGCCAACCGCGAGGGCAAGCGUGGCCUCGUGCCCUUGUCGUUCCUCGCGUGAGGGCGCCCUCGCUCUCGGAGCGGGUCGCGUCGAGGUCAUCGGCCCGCUCGGCCCCUUCCCUCCCUCCCCUCCCUCUCCCUUGCCCUCACUUUCGCCUUUCGCCCUCUCGCCCACCGACACUCUCGCUACCACUAUCCUAUCUGCCUCUUUGCUCAACAUCUCUUUGUCGGCUGUGCCGCUCUCUGCCCUCCCCCUCGUGCCUCUC